AGACUGGUCCCUUUACAGUAAGAAAAUGUAUGCGAUAAUUUCAACUCAGAGAAACAGAUACCAGUCCUAAAUUUGUCAACAUUGAAAACAUUGAGGAAAUUGUGUCGAGAAGUUUUACCAGAAAAUGGAGCAUAAAUUGCCCAAAAUACCUCCCAAAAUGACAGAUCGAAGGUCACCAAUUCCUCAAGGGGUUACUCAAAUAGAACCAACCCGAGACUAUGACAUAAUUGAUGACGAAGCCGUUGGGACCACAGCUCCUGGUUCAACUUCAAUGCCGAUCACCGGUGUCGGGAGAAAAGUUCUCGGCCAAGUUGGGCAGAGUUUACACGCAUCAGCAGACAAGAUUUUCCGGAAGGGUGUUCUUGGCGGACUCGGCGCUGCCGAAGUGGAGGACAGUGACGAUUCAAUGAGCACCACCAAAAGUGAAAAUGACUCUGACUUGAUGUCUGGGCUUUCAAGGAGUCCAGCGCCGGAAAUGGAACGAGAGAUGCAGUUUGAUCAGCAUCGUAACCAUGGCAAUGUUGAGAUGGAGUUUGGGACUGUGUCACAUCAACAAGAAAUAUUUGCACCGACGCUCAAUUUGCCGCGCAUCAACUGUCCAGAAAAAAUUAUCAUCUGUAUUGAUUUAGCCACCGAAGUAAACAGAGUUCCUUUUGUAUCCAAGGAAGGUACCAAGCAUAAUCCUCUGGAGCUUAUCAAGAGAGCAUUAAACAUCUUCGUCCAGACGAAGAGUGCCAUUAGCCCUAAGCAUGAAUUUGCGCUAGUCCUCCUCCAGGAAAGUGCAAUUUGGAUCCAGGACUUUACAUCUGAUGUUGAAGAAUUUGUAAAUGUGUUACUGGAUAUGACCAACGAUACGACAGAAUGUGAGAGCUGUAAUUUGAGAUCACUCUUUGAUGUCAUACAAGAGAAAGUGAAGCUGCCUGACAUUGAAGACAUUGAGUGCUUACCACCUCCACACAUAGUCAGAAUCCUGUUUGUGUACGGUCGAUCACGAUGCAUCCCUCAGCUUGCUGCAGAAGAUGACACACAUUCACAGUCACAACAGAGCUUGACAACAUCUCCGUACUUCUUCUUUGAUGUCUUUUAUGUCCAUGAGCCUCCGACAGAAGAUAAUUGCUGCAAGGAAAUUUACGAUGUUUUCUUAAACCUUGACGUACAUAACACUUCAUAUAUCCACGAGGUUGGACGGCAAACAACUCAACUCUAUGACAAGAUGGCAAUGUUAGUUGCUCAUCCCUUACAGAGACCACCACAGACGCAGUGUCAGUAUAACAUCUUCAGAGAUGUGGAGUAGAUACCUUUUUAUUUGGUAUAGACCUUAUGCAUUGACGUCAUCCAGCUGCCAUCUUUGAGGUCAAACGGUGACAAAACAAUCGAAACGCA